AUGACGGUCGAUCCUUUCAGCGACGACUACGUUCCGCCCGUCUGGGACGCCGCGCACUCGAUCCCUACCUCCGGCCACCAGACGGAGAAGGCGCUAUUGCGAAUUGCGGAAGUAUGGAGCGACGCAGACGAUGGCCUCACGGAGGCGGAUGCUCUGCUCAUUAAAACGGAGAUCGAGACCCAGUUACUCGAUCCCGCAGCCCUCAACUUCUGGGAGAGUCAAAUCGACAAGUUUCCAUUAGGUGUCGAGCUCAGCAUCGAGUCGCUUGCAGAUGCAGACCUGCAUCCUGCCAGUGUCUUCGCGCACGCUCUAGGCUCGUCUCGUCCGGCCGACUACAUCGCUAGCUACGGAUCUCGAUACUGGACGAAGAAUCUGCAGUCGUACCGACUCCGCCGCCAGUCAUCAGCGGGAGCUCUGUCAGCGAUUCAAGCCCACAACGAGGAAGACAAAGCCGAGGACAACGUCGAGGACGCACACAAUGACACAGCUCGCCGUGUCGCAUUCGAGGAUUGGGGGACCUACCGAUUUAUGCAGCCAGCGACCUCGACACCAAUCACGACGGACGUCUCAUCGUACGCUCUAGUCUUUUCAUCGAAGGCGAGGUACCCUUAUCGGCGUUGCCCGCCGGCGAUGAGGUGAUGUACAAGUACGCCUCCCUACCUCGUGCCAGUCAUGUUCCUUGAACAGGCAACGGCAUUGACCGCACUGGACGCCCGAUACAAGGACGACCCCCUGUUUCAACCAUUGGUGACAUUCUUGACAACAUUCCAAUUCCCCACCGGGGCAUCACACUCGGAGAAGGGCCGCCUCCGCCAGCUGGCUAGGCGCUACGCAAUCCGGGCCCCUGAUGUCCUGCUCUUCAAGCAAGGUAAAAAGACCAGGGAGUGCAUCCCCCUCCAUGAACGACAGCAGUUGAUUGAAGACACGCACACAGCGCUGAAUCACGCAGGCAGAGAUCUAAUGGUGGUACACCUCUCUAAACGGUUUUACUGGCCCGGCAUGGCACAAUCGGUCGCUCCAGUAAUUGUCACUUGCGAACGAUGCCAACAAUUCGGGAAACGAGUCAUCCGGUCCAAGUUAUGGCCGAUCACGGUGCUAGCACCAAUGGACCUUCUGGCAAUGGAUUACUUCUCCUUACCCGUGAGCCCCAACAAGUACAAAUCAGUCCUGGUGGUCACAGAUCUCUUCUCUCGCUAUGUAUGGGCCUUCAAAUUCAAAGGAGAAGGCACAGCAAAACGCACCAUCGAAGGAUUGGUUGAGAUCAUCAAGACCUUUGGAACGCCACGGAUCCUGAUGAGCGACGGUGGAACCCAUUUCAAGAAUGCAAAUGUCAAGGCGUUCUGCGCAGACAAGGGCAUACUCCGCAUCACUACCCCGCCCUAUGCACCGCAUACCAACGGGGCCGUGGAAGGAGCCAACAAACGCAUUCUGCAAGCGAUUUCCCGUGCCACAGUUGGAUCGGUCGACGCCACUACCUUCUCACCCUGGUGUCAGUCACUUGAAGCGGUGGUGUACGCGAUGAACAAUAGGAUCAUCCCUGCCACGGGAUAUCGACCAGCGGAUCUGAUGUUCACCUUCGCGAGGUCGAUGCCUUCCGAAGGGGCACCCCCUGAAGAGCAAGCAAUCGAGAUCCUCGCGCACGCGCUCACGUCGUGGGCCGACCUGACACUGAGGGUAGCAUGCAUGGUCGCGGACGCAGAGGGACGUGUCUCGACUGCGUACCAGACCAUGUUGGACGCCCAAGCACGCCGGAAGGAGGCCAAGGACCGCCAACUCCAACGUUGGAACAAAGCCAUUCCGAAAGACCAAAGGGACCGCCCAUUCAGGAGAGGCGACCUCGUCCUUGUUCAUGCCUCUUGGCUUGAGGCAAGUCGAAUUGGAGGGAAACUUCAGGCACACUGGCUGGGACCGUACAGUGUGGUGGCUCCUGCUACACGCACGGACGACGCGGAGAACCCCAGUGACGAGCACGUGACGUUCUGGCUCGAGUCGCUGGGGGACAGCUCGCCGGUAGCCGGACGCUUUCACGCUAACCGGCUCAAGCUAUUUCACCCACCGCACAACUUCCCGCUCCCAACGACAGAACCAAUGACCCUGGACGAGUUUCAUGCAGCACAGCGACCUAAAAGACAACCCCCUCGUACCCAAAAUGAAGACCUACCAGGGGAUGUCUUGGACGACGACACCGACACCGAGGAUGAGGACGGGAAUCGAGAGCGCUGCUCAGGCAACGGCGCGAACUGA